AUGGAUAACAACGACAUGGAAUUAACGAACCGGACGAGAUUCAACGUCGACCCAGCCGACAGGAAGCAAUACAGCUCUAAAGCUCCCACGCUUGAAGGCAGGCAACUCCGAUCAACUCAGACCCUAGACAGAUACAUCUCUUUUAUUCCUACCAUUGCCUUUCCAGCCACCUUACAGUCAUCAUGGGAAGCUGUAUCGGUCAGUUUUCAGGCGGGAUUACUCAAUGGAGGUCCCACGGCUUUGGUUUGGGGUAUGCUUCUGUGCCUGAUUGGAAGUACCUCGAUUGCGCUGUCACUGGCUGAGAUGGCAUCGAUAACUCCCGUCGUUGGUGCUCAGUAUCGAUGGACCGCAUUAUAUUCUCCCAAGGGCUUUAUGUCGCCGGCCUUCUGGAGUUUACUACAGGGAUGGAUUACCGUCUUCGCGUGGAUGGCUGUCUGUGCCCAAGUGUGCUUCCUUGAAGGCACUAUCAUCCAAGGCCUUGUCGUCUUAAACGACGAAACCUACAUUCCCGAGCGAUGGCAUGGCACCAUGUUUUCCUGGGCCAUUCUCGCAAUUCCUCUAUUAUGCAAUAUCUUUGCCAGAAGGGUGCUUGCACCUCUCGAAGUCCUCGGAGGCAUUGUCCACAUCGCCCUUUUCGUCGUUUUUGUUGUAGUCCUCGUCGCCAUGUCUCCUCGCAGCUCUGCUGAUUUCGUCUUUGCCACCACUUUCACCGGCCUGAGUGGCUAUGGGAGUCCCGGCGUGCAAUGGUGCAUUGGUCUCCUCUCCGGAGCGUUUCCUCUUGCAGGCUUCGAUGGUGUCCUCCACAUGAGUGCCGAAGUCAAGAACGCCCCUCUCCGCGUGCCUCAAAGUAUGGUUCUCAGCGUGCUCAUCAACGGCGUCCUCUCCUUCGGUAUCAUCAUCACCAUCCUCUUCUGCAUCGGGGAUCCAGUUGCCGUCUCCGAAACCCCCACCGGCUAUCCCAUCAUCCAGAUUCUCUACAAUUCAACCGGCUCUAAAGGCGCCACCACGACCCUGAUGACCUUCAUCCUCUUCACCGGCGUCGUUGCAGUCUUCAGCACCCUUGCAUCCGUCUCUCGUCUCACCUGGGCAUUCGCCCGUGACAAGGGUCUUCCCUUUUCGUCUUUCUUUGGAAAAGUCCACCCAACCCUACGUAUCCCCUUGAACGCCCUCCUCCUCAUUACCACGAUCAUUGUGCUCCUCAACCUUAUCAACAUCGGCAGCACCGUGGCCUUCUUCGCCAUUUUGUCUCUGAACACCCUGUCCCUGUACAUCAGCUACAUCAUCCCGAUCAUGUUCUUGGUGAUCCACAAACUGCGCGGUUUCCACGUGCCGUACGGUCCCUUCAAGCUGCCCCGUGGCACCGGCCUGCCCAUCAACUUUUUCGCCAUCUGCUAUGCGAUUUUUAUCGCGAUUUUCCUGCCUUGGCCGCCUACCGUUCCCGUCACUGCGGAAUCGAUGAACUACGGAGGCCCCGUGAUGGGUGCGGUGAUCUUGUUCGCGUUGCUCGAUUGGUUUCUCGGCGGGAAGAAGCGGUUCGAUGUCCCAGUUAACAUACACUACGGCGAGGAUGAUGGGCGGAGUGAGUCUUCAUGA